AAAGCUGCCAACUGCUGCCGCAAUUGCAUCUGUCAAACUCGCAACAAUUCAGUCUUGUUAUGAAAUUGCUCCGAGCACAGCUGUAGUUUGUGUGCAAGAAAAAUCACCCACGAUGUUGAGACAGAUAUCAUCGAUGAGGCGUUCGUUUUCCAGCCGCCGAUGGCUUUCGUCGACACCGGCCCCGAAAGUAAACCCGGCCAUCCUAGCUAACAUAAAAGCGUCAGAUCGAUAUAAACCAGGCGGUCGGUAUCAUGGUUUUAUCUGCACCCAGGCACAGUAUAUAGCCGAUUUCAACAUGACGGCGUACAUGUUCCAGCACGAGAAAACUGGUCUCCAGUAUCUGCACAUUGAUCGGCAAGAUACGAACAACGUGUUUUCGAUCAAUUUCCGCACAACCCCAUUCGAUUCGACUGGACUGCCGCACAUCUUGGAACAUAAUGUGCUGUGUGGCUCACAAAAGUUUCCGGUCCGUGAUCCAUUCUUCAAGAUGUUGAACCGUAGCUUGGCCACGUUCAUGAAUGCUAUGACCGGGCCCGAUUACACACUGUACCCGUUUAGCUCGACGAACGAGAUUGACUAUCGUAAUUUGCAAACGAUCUACAUGGAUGCGGCAUUCCGGCCAAACCUGAAGUAUCUGGAUUUUCUGCAGGAAGGAUGGAGGCUGGAACAUGCCGAGCUAACCAAUCCACAAUCGGAAUAUCUCUUUAAGGGAGUCGUCUACAACGAGAUGAAAGGUGCCUUCUCGGAAAAUGCGGCCGUAUUUGGACAGAAGUUCUUCAACAAAAUCCUACCGGACCACACGUACGGAUAUGUGUCGGGCGGUGAUCCGCUCGAUAUUCCGCAACUGAACCACCAAGAUCUGGUUAACUUCCAUCAGAAGUACUACCAUCCAAGUAACGCGCGCAUUUUCAGCUACGGUUGCUUUAAUCUGGACAAAACGAUGGCUUUCGUGGAUGAGCAAUACUUGCGUGAUUACGAUCGAAUCGACACGCGGUAUAGUGUGAUACCUCCCCAGAAACGGUGGACCAUUGCAAAGAAAGAUCACGUACGCUGUCGCUACGAUAACAUGGGCGCUCCGCUAGAGAAACAGAAUCAAAUCGCCAUCGGUUACCUGAUGACGGAUAUAACCGACGUGUACGAGACGUUCCUCAUGCACAUUCUCACUGAACUGUUGGUAAAAGGUCCGAAUUCGUUCUUCUACAAAAACCUAAUUGAGCCAAACAUUUCCGGCGGAUACAAUCAAUUAACCGGCUUCGAUUCGCACAUUCGCGACACAAUGUUUGUGGUAGGGUUGCAGGAUCUAGCGGUCGACGACUUCGAGCGUGUUACCAAAAUUUUCGACCGCACGGUUGAAGAAGUCAUCGAAAAAGGGUUCGAUCCGGCACACAUUGAAAGUGUGCUGCACAGCAUCGAGCUGACCAUGAAGCAUCAGACAAGCAAAUUUGGACUCGGGUUGUUAUUUAACCUCACUCCGCUCUGGAACCACGACGGUGAUUUGGUGCGUGCAAUGAACGUUAGUGAAUCGGUGCGGAUGCUGCGUGAAAAUAUAGCCAACAACCCGAAGUACUUGCAGAACAAGGUGGAAUAUUAUUUCCGUAAUAAUAAGCAUCGGCUCACGAUGACCAUGUCGCCAGACGAAAACUACGAGAAGCAGUUUAUGGAUGCGGAACGGAAGAACUUGCAGCAAAAAAUCAGUCAACUCAACGAAACGGACAAGGAGCGUAUCUAUCGGGAAGGUAUCGAAUUGUCGGAAUCACAAAAAGCGCACCCAAAUACGGACAUUCUACCUUGCUUGAAGUUGCAAGAAAUCGAGAAAAAGAUCCCGGAAACAAACGUGGAGCAACAGCUUGUUACGAAUGUUCCGACACAGUUGUGCCGUGUGGACACCAAUGGUGUUGUUUACUUCCGCGGUAUACUGGACGUGAAUGGGUUAACUACGGAACGAAAGCUGUUGCUUCCCCUGUUCAAUACGAUCGUUACGCAGUUCGGCACAAAGGGCAUCGAUUACAGAGCGUUCGAUCAGCUGGUCAGUUCGAAAACGGCCGGCAUCGGUUUCUCGACACAUCUGGUAGAAAACGUGCACAACAUGCAGCAGUACGAGUUUGGUCUGUACUUCGGUACGUACGCACUGGAUAAGAACGUCCAGGACAUGUUCGACAUCUUCCAGCGCAUUUUCAACGAACUCGAACUGAAUGACGUCAAACGUUUCGAGAUGUUGCUAGAGAACUAUCUUUCUGAAAUGUCGGUCGGUAUCGCACAAUCGGGACACAUGUACGCGAUGCAGAACGCAAACGGUUUGGUUACCGAAUCCGGCCGGCUGAGAGAACGGUUGAUGGGCAUUGAGCAUUUGGCGUUCAUGAAGGAUCUGACUCAACGACACACUGCCGAGCAAAUUUUGGACAAAUGUCGCUCGAUUACAAAGCUCUUUGAAGAAUCGGGAAUGCGUUGUGCACUUAACUUUACUCCCACUUCGGAACAACAAACGGUCCAAAACUACCGCAAAUUCAUCGAUGGCAUUGCUCUUCGCAGCACGGCCAAGGUGUGGAACGUUUCAGAACCGCUAGGAACAUCCACAUCCUGCCGUCAUACGAUCAUGAACAUUCCGGUUAACUAUUGUGCAAAGUCGAUCGUAGCCGUCCCCUACACGCACCGUCAUUAUGCACCACUGAAGGUUCUUGCCAAAUAUCUGUCCGCAAAGUAUUUGUUACCGGUUGUACGUGAACAAAAUGGAGCUUAUGGUGCGGGUGCCAAAAUCACUUCGGACGGUUUGUUCAAUUUCUUCAGCUACCGAGAUCCCAAUUCACGCACCACGCUGGACGUGUUCGAUGAAGCAUAUGCGUGGAACGUACGAACCGUACCAAAAAUGGAUGAGCAAACACUGUUCGAGGCAAAGCUGGGUGUGCUUCAACAGCUCGACGUUCCGAUCGCACCACUCGAGCGUGGUAUGGAUCUGUUCCGGCAAGGUAUUUCCGACGAGCUGUUUGGGAAGCAUCGUGCUGCCGUGCUCGAAGUAGGCAAGGAGCUUCUGCUGGAGGUGAAUGAGCAUUAUCUGAAGCCGGGAGCCGUUAAGGUAGUCGGAAAAUCGGUACUAGGUCCAGAAAAUAAAAACCUUCCCAAAGAUGCUGAAACGUGGACAACAGUUGCUCUGUAAUGUGCGCCUGAAAGGUAUCGCAAAUAGUUAAUAAAACCGAUUAUUGUCUGUUGAGUGAAUAAAAACAUUUCUCAUCAGUUGCCCGAACACACAAUUAAAAAUCAU